UUUACAGAUGACGAAUGAAACUGACUUGCGAAAAUAUCUCUGGACGAGUACAACUUUUUAGUGCAGUACUUGUUGGUUAUUCCUCUCAAAUGGCUGGAUCAUCAUUUUCUCCGUAUAGAAAAAAAGAGUCACUAUUUAGGAUGGCAUUAGCGGCGCCAUCAAUGGUGCACAGAUCAGGGGACGCCCUGGUGGUACGUAGCGUGGUGAGUGGCGACGCUCUGUUCGGCACCAACGACCAGUUGCAGCUCGACAUCGACAAGAGUGACGUCACGACGCCGGACGCCGCCUCCGCCACCCCCGCUGCCUCCAGUCCCGACGAGGACGCCGAGCUGCCCCAGUGUAAGAUCAAGCGCAACUACGCCUGCGCAAAGUGCACCUACUACACCCAAAAUCCACGCUUCUAUCUUUACCAUUUGAAAAAUGUUCACAAGGAGAAGAUCAAGAUUUACGAGUGCCCCAGCUGCCUGUAUGCAUCCAAGCACAGUCAGAAGCUGCAGAGACACGUGCACAUGGUGCAUGUGAUGGGCACAGGACGCCGCAAAGUCUCACCCAAGCCCAAACCGGUCACACCUAAAGGCCCAGGUCGGCCUGUCAAGAGAAAAGCGGUAGACUCCGAUCCCGAGGAGUUGGAAUCGGAAUCUGAUAAACUGCCUGAUGAGGAAGAGAACAACGACGAAGGCGAGUGUGAGGCGCCUCUCCUGUUGGAUGCUGAUGCAGACGCAGACAGCGACGCCAAACUCACAAAAUGCUCGCUGUGCCCAUUCACCAGUCGCAGUCAGACGCUAGUCAGUCGCCACGAACGGGUCGUUCAUCUCAAGAAGAAGUUCUUCCGCUGCAUGAAGUGCAACUAUGUUACCCACAUGAAGGCGCGCUACACAAAGCACGUCAAGUACCACUCGAUGCCGAUGAUCAAGUGUGAGAUGUGCGACUUUCGCACGCCCUACAAGUGGAACUUGGACCGACACAACAAGAACCACACGGGCGACGGGGCGUUCAAGUGCAGCCUGUGCAACUUCACAGCUGACAUCAAGCAGAGUCUGACCGUGCACGAGAUGAAUCACCACGUGCCGCCUGUCGGCCAAUCGGCGCCCACCGCCAAGCGACGCAACCGUGUCGGCGCCUCUGACUCGCUACUCAAUGGACACCAGGAAUCAAAUACUUCAGAGGCUGGUUGUCAAGACUUGAAUACCGAAGAUUCAGAGAAUCCAUUGUUACCAAAAAGCCAAAUAAUGAUUAAGAAACCAAAACCAUUUACAAAUUUUAGUCUAAAAGACAUGCAAGGAAAACUUGUUGAAAACGCUGUAGAUUCCAAAGAUAUGUUACAGAAUAAUAAUGCGAGUAUAUUCGGCAAGAGACUGAAGUGCAGAGUAUGUGAUUUUAGAUCAACUUGGGAAAACGAAAUGUCAAGACAUGAAUCUAUGGUUCACGGGCUUCCUGAGAAGAAGAAGUCUGCACCACGACCAAUCCCUAAUCUCAUCCCUAUUCAAAAUAAAGCUGUUAUACAACCUAACAAUGUGAGUGCGAAAAAAGUCGUUGAUAAAAUAUUAUCUUCUAAGAAUGAAAAUCCAAUGAGCGAAAAAGAUUUGAAUGAUAUCUACGCCAAGUCGUGUUCGAAUAGUGCGUUGAAAGACUUUGCAUCGUUGAUAGGUGAUUCGGACGCGUUCAAAACAAACGAAAGUGAAACAUUCAACACGACCGUCAACAGUACAAGUUCUCUCCUAUCGUUAGAGAAGAAGGAUAAUGAAGAUGGUCGCGAAUCGUGUUCUUCCCCAAUUGACUUUAGCAAAACUCCAGAAGCAUUCAAGAAAAAGAACGCAUCAUUUUUUGAUAAACUGAAAGAAAAACUUAUGAAUGGGGUCAGUGAGGGGAGUAACAUGGUAUGUAACUUCUGUGGCUAUGAAUCGAAGUGUCUCUCAGAAUCGGUACGCCAUCAAAAAUUGCAUCUGGGAAAAGGGAACGGUGGUAGUCAGAUGAGCAACGGAAACUCGCAGUUUUCGGGAGCAGAGCUGUCUUCGACGAGAUGCCAACACUGCAGACAACGCUGCAAGACCAGCUCCGACCUUUUUGUCCAUCUGCAGUCGUGCUCUGAAGCGAAUCGGAAAGACAGCGAUCACUUUCCUGACGAGAUGACUGAGGACAGUCAAGCCAGUGAGGACAGGCGCGAAUUCAACGGCGGCGAAUACUUCCGCCAGGAUGAGUCGGUCAGCUCGUUCGAUGAUGCCAAAUCCGAGCCUCAUCCUAUGGAGAACAAGGUGUUCGUUUGGAACAGCCUUCCCGACGACCGAAUCAAAGAUGAAGUAGUAAGGAAGUCGCCCGGCAGAGAUGCGCCGUUGGUUGGAGUCGAGACUGCACCUGGCUAUGGAGCUGUCACUAGCAAAAAUAAAUCUGGAUCUCAAGGACAUAACAUUCCAAACCCAAAGGAGAAAAACAAGUCUGAGCAUUCUUUGAAAAAAGUGUACAAAUGUCCUCAUUGCUCGUUCUGGGCAUCGACUGCGUCUCGGUUCCACGUGCACAUAGUGGGCCAUCUCAACAAGAAGCCGUUCGAGUGUUCGCUAUGCGCCUACCGCUCCAACUGGCGGUGGGACAUCACCAAGCACAUUCGCCUGAAGACGGUGCGUGACGUGAGUCAUGAGCGAGCCAGAGUCCUUAUGACGGACGAGACCGGUCGCAGGAACUACUCAAAGUACAACAAGUACCUGACGUUGAUGCGAGUGCAGGAGCCGACAGCCGAGAGCAGCGGCUCGGGUCGCCGCACCAAGUCGUUGACGGACUCGGAGGAGCACUCGUGCUCCUCCACGCCGCCGCCUCCACUCUCUCCGGCGGCCCCGCCACGGCUCACUCCGGCACUGCGACCCAUCAGUGACUUGCCGCCCAAGGCCGCUCACUCCAAGCCGCCCCCAUUGCAGGCUGCCUUCCAGUCUGCCAACAGAUCUCAAGACGAUGCAACCGAUGAACCGCCAAAGAAGAAGUCCAACUCUGAGAACAAGAAGACUAUGUGGAAAUGCAAAAAGUGCUUUUUCAGAGAUGGCGAUAGAGCUGUGGUUUUGGCGCACGUGAAGGAGCAUUACAGAAAUCAACACUCUCAAGCAAAGGCUGAUGGCCAGAAAGAAGCCAGGACCACUGUAAAUGACACAAUCAAUAACAAUCAGUUCAACAGUGGCAAUAUGAACUCUAUUGUGCAACGAAGAGAAUCCAGUGAAAGUAACUGCGACAAGUCCGAAACAGGCUCGACUCUGAAGUGUCCAUCGUGCCCAUUCUAUGCUGAUUCGCAUGCCUUGUUGGCUGACCACAUAUUCAAUCAUGACUCUGUUGAUGAUGUGUUCAGAUGCUUGUUCUGUACAUUCCAAGUAGAUGAUAGACAGAAACUGAUGGAGCAUAUGGCCGAGCAUGGUGUGCAAGGAUUGGAUUCUAAGUCAAUUGCUCAAACCAAAAAGCAGUUUGAGAAUGGAGAGAACUGCAAACGAUAUCAAUGCAGCGGUUGUCCAUAUGUAUCCAACAGCAAAAGCCAGUUCCUGUACCACAAGCAGUUUCAUCGACCUCGUGGAGCUCCAUUCAAGUGCACAAUGUGCUCCUACAACGUGACUCGCAGACAUUUACUACACCAGCAUUUGCGCGUGCAUGGAGUCAAUGUGCCUACCCAACAGAUUAUCAAAGAAAAAGACGAUAUUGAUAGCGGAAUGAAUCCAAUAACAGAAAUCAAACCAAUUGACACUUCUCACCUCAGACAAAUUCCUCUUGUGUGGGUCUCAAAGCUUGGCAACCUCACUAAAAUGUUCAAGUGCCGUUUCUGUCCACAUGUGAACAUUCGCAAGUCCAACAUUCAAGAACAUGAAAAAAUGCACGGACAACGUAGCAAAACGACAACAACCGGUGCAGGAGAAGGCACAGCUGCAGCGGAUAGUGUGAGUGCCAGUGCCAUUCACCAGCAGCAACAUCACUGUCCCGACUGCAACUACGUCUGCAACAAUGCUGGCGUCCUGUCUUCACACGGCAAAGUUCAUCAGGGACUUUUUGGACAGGUGUGCAGCCUUGUUGAUAAGAAUCGAAGUGAUGAAGUACAAAUUAAAGAGCUCAAUGCCCUUCUUGGAAGAGACGAAGAAGGUCCUCCUAUAAUAACUCCUGAAGAAAUGAAGAAAGACCAGAACAGGAAUGCAGAACUCAGCCUGACUCAGACCGCAUUUUAUGAAAAGCCUGAGGAGUAUUCAAAUGCCGAAGGUGACAAAUUACUUAGAUUCUGCGCUAUUUGUCCUGCUCGAUUCUUGUUCCAGAAAGAACUUGACAUUCACUCGAGAUUCCACAAUAUCUGUUUGCCUCAUCGUUGUGAGUCGUGUUCAUACACCGCCAAACAACAUCCUCAUCUUCUAGCUCAUUACAAAGUCCACACCGAUGACUAUCAGGACAGAACCAGUGCUCUCCUUAAAAUGUACAGUAUUUCAUCAGAUCACCCGAAGCCAAAGAUAGCAGUAAUUGUCGAUGGUCCAGCAGAUGUUGGCCCAGCCUGGGUGGUUGUUCAACCUCCCAACUAUUCGAAAUCCUCUGAGGAUAUGGAUUGUGAUGACGGCGUACCUGAUACAGAACAAGAAGAUGUGUCACAGCCCGAUACCUAUCAGCAUGGCAAUAGAACUGUUCACAAGCAGUUUGCAUGUCUAAAGUGUCCGGCUCGCUUUUUCAAGGGCGUGGCUCUGCAGUAUCACACCACACUGCAUGGUGGCAGUGGUCGUUUCAAGUGUCGAAGUUGCGAUUACGCUGUAAAAACGUAUGGCAAUCUCAUUAAACAUGAAAGUGUCCACAAUCAACUCGAACCUCGAUUCAAAGCAAAACCAAAGUUUAAGAGACCUGAUAAUACCGUGCCCACUUCUGGAACCGAACUGUUCAAACACAAAACUGAAGCUCAAAGAGUAGCAGCUUCUCCACAUCCACCUCCGCCACCACCACCACCACCACUCCACAUUGAUCCCGAGUUUGGUGUUCUCAUGCACGGCAGUCCAGAGUUUAUCUAUCCAACCUACUUGAAGAAUGGCCGCAUGAAAGAGAAGCGUUAUAAGUGUCAUAAAUGUCCCUCAGCAUUUGAAAAGCGAGAACAAUACAAAGUUCAUCUAUCGCUGCACGGCUCUAAACAAAGAUAUAACUGUGAAAGAUGUGAUUACUCCGUGAAGUAUUAUGCCAACUACAUCCAGCACUUGAAGAAGCAUCAAACCAAUGACAUGACUAAAGCAGAACGAAAACUGUCUACAGACAAGAACAGCGAUGGUCACUUGAGUGAAGACCUGGGGGAGAACACGGAUGGACCCUCAGAUGACUUCCAAGGGCCACCUCUUAUCUUCUCUCAACGUUCGGCAAAAUCGAUGCAGAUGUCACUGGCUGACCAACAGAUCGUCAUGCUACUUCAGCAGCGAGUGGUGAGCAGUUCAGUGUCGCCACCCGAGGCGACCAACCGGUGCACUCACUGCCCCUACAGCAAUGUGCGCCGCGACGGAGUCGGCAGUCAUGCGCGCUGCCACUCGGAUGGCAACACGGGCGCGUUCUCGUGCAAGCACUGCAGCUACACCGUGCCGCAGCACCACUUCCUGCGUGAACACAACAAACUGCACUUCACGCCCACCAAGAGCAUGCGACCAGAAGCCUACAUGAAAUGCGAUCGCCUAGAACUCUGGUCGGAACCAAUCAACUCGACCGAUGGAGAAAAGGAUAAACUUAUGAUAUUCAAAGACAAGGGAAAUGCAGUUCGCAGUGAGCGCUUCUUACCUAAAUUGUCUUCUCCCAGUAUCGAAAGCGAUGAAGAAGGCGACAAGUUAUUAGUGAACAUGAAGACAGGUGAAAUCGAAAAUGAUCUAGAGUCAAACGAUGGUGAUUCGAAGGAGGACAAUAAAGAGAAUCUAGUUGCCAUUGUGAAACAAGAUAAAGAAUCCCCUACAACUAGAGACUUGUGUACAGUUGACGAAGAUGAAAAGCUAUCUCAUUCGCCUAUGUCAGAUAGAGAGUCAAAAUUCACUCCCAAAGAAGAAUUGGUAUCUGCAACUGAAGAAAGUGAAGACAGUUUGAAGAAUGACCAAAGCGAACAUGUUCCAGUUGAAGAGAACGGUAGUUGCAUCGAAGACCAAACGACGACAGGUUUACAAACCUUGUCUUGUGAUAACGAAGAAACUACCUCAGGCUCGUCUUCUUCCAGCAACGACAAUGAAGAUGAGUCUAUCUCUCCCAAUUCUUGUUCUUCUACAGAAGACUGAAUGUUACCUUAGAAACUAGGUAAUUCAUUUUAUUGUAUUUUCAGUUUAUCAUUAUUUAUGUUACCGUAGAAUAAUAUUUAAAAAUAUUUCUCGAGUAAAUACUAUUGAGUUCUUGAUGAAUUUUCCAAAGUAUUUUAUAUUUUUCCAAUAAUAUUCAGUUUUCUUUGGUAGAAUUUGAUUUAGAUUUUUUCGUAGAAUUGGUGUGUCGCGUUCUUAUAUUCUUCUAAAGAAUUGAUUUCAGCUUUGAAUGAAUAUUGAUGGAUUGCUUGUGAAUUAAUAAAUAAUUAUAAUAAUAUUACUUUUUAGUUCAUUAUCAAGAUUUAGGAAUAUAUUAACUUCCAGUGUGUUACUAUGUUCAUAUCUUAUAUCUAUGGGACUAUAUUAUCAGCCCAUUUAAAUACGUUUUUAUUCAUCCUGUUCCUUCAAAUCUACAUAAUUCUUUCUAUAUGUGAUUGUUUAAUACUAAAAGACAAUAUAAAAGAAAAUAAAUAUUCAUGUUUGUAUAAUCGA